GUCCCACUAAAUUGCAUAAACAAAUAAAGCUGUUACUGAAUUUGCAGCUAUAUAUUUUGAAGCCACUUUACGCGCCAAUAGCCGGCUUAGGAUGACUAUUGGUUGGGGUGUCUGCGGCAGUUGCAGUUCAGUUCUCUGACUGCUCCGAUCCCAAACAGCAGUGCAUCACAUUCAACGUCUCCUUUAGUGGGUGUAAAAUGUUUAUGCACAUAACGAGCUUAACAAGUGCAUUCGCUAAAUAGUUUAACAAGCAAUAAUAGAGCCGACAUGCAGGUUGAUGGAUCGAACAGUAGCAGCUCAACCGAAUUCCCCGACCCCACAGAGCGUGAAACGUCUCGUUUUCUUUGGUCACCACUUUCCAGGGGACAGUGGGAAAAUGCAGACGGCGUCGCACUCCAAAGAUGGGCAUAAACCAGCCAGGGAAGUGGAGCAGCUCCUGGACCUCAGUGAUCCCGAGGAUUACCUGGCGCACUUGCUGAAGGAUGGCAGCCAGGAGGGCGACAGUGGGGCGGAUCUGGAGCUGCCUUCAUGGUACGAUGAGCAGCUAUUUAGGCGUGGUCAGAGCUACUUCAGCAAAUAUCGCUUUGUGAUGAACGCCGGAAUGCUGGCAGGUCUGAUUGCAGUGCUAGCUGUUCCCUCGAUUCUCCGAGUGCUCUCGUGCACCCGCCAAUCCUCGACAGCGUUCACCGCCUACCGCCGCUAUGUGCGCACUAUUUUCCACACGCAAACCUGGUACAACCACAACAUUGCGGACCGGGCGAGCAGGUUUUGGACCAGUAUUGCGGCUGUCCGGCGGGCACACAGCCGCUCCAGUCACGCCUGUGCCCGCCAAGGAGCUGGGCAGAUCACCCAGAAGGACUUGGCCCUGACCCAGUUCGGAUUCAUCGGCUUCAUAACGAUGGGUGCACAUCGCAUACAGUUGAAUGAUCAGGAUUUUCUGGAGGCCACCUCGCACAUGUGGCGUGUGCUGGGCCAUCUGCUGGGCAUCAAGGACGAGUACAACAUCUGCGGCAAGAACUGGGCGGAGUCAAAGCCUCGUUUGGAAAUUGUCAUGCGAAAGGUCUAUGAACCAGCUUUGGGGAACACCAGCGAUGAUUUCUACCGGAUGACGGAGGCCCUGAUCAACGGACUGUGGCAUAUGAACACCAUGUUCUCAGUGGACGCCAACAUAUUCUUCGCCAAGCGGCUGGCCUGCGUGAAGGGCUACGAGUACUAUAGCUUCGAUCAUGAAAACGGAGUGCAGCAGGAUCCCGAGCAGAGACUGCACUACUACGACAUGGGAUGGUGGAAUCGAUUCAUCGUCAGCUACGGCCUGUUCCUGGUCACCUAUCUGCACAGGUACGCCCUGGUGCGAUGGUACUUGAACUUCCGCGUCUGGCUGAUCGACGUGCUGACUUAUUACUUGCCCUACAUGGCCAUUUGGAAGUUUGGCUUCAAGUCCGCCUACGUGCGUAUUUUCCGAAACGGAGGGGAGGCCCAAGACUUUACAGUGGGCUUUAAAAACGAUUAGAUUGUGUUGUUUUGUGAGAUUUAGUCAGUAGGUAAUUUAUCAAUAAAUACCCAAUGCAAUUGUGGCAAUAAGGAGACUCAA